AUGUGGUUGGAGGAGGACCCCCCAUCCCUGGACACAGCCAUCCAGAAUGCCCUGGCAGGCCUCUAUCCUCCUUUUGAGGCCACGGCGCCCAUUGUCCUGGGGCAGGUGUUCCACCUCCUAGAUUCUGACUUCCGGGGGGAUGGGCUGAGCUUCCUCCUGGAUUUCCUGAUCCCUGCCAAGCGCCUGUGUGAGCAAGUACGCGAAGCAGCCUGUGCCCCCUACACACACUGCCUCUUUCUGCACCAGGGCUGGCCGCUAUGCCUGCAGGACAAGGUUGUGCUCCACCUGGCCCCCCUCAAUCCCCUCUUGUUGCGCCAGGGUGACUUCUACCUUCAAGUGGAGCCCCAGGAGGAGCAGUCCGUCUGCAUCAUGAUCAAGUGCCUCUCCUUGGACCUCCGCACAGUGGACACAAAACCUGUUCCGGUGUCAUCCUACCCAAUACUUUUCACCCAAGAGUGGCUGGAGGCCUUCAACAGUGACUUUGAGGGAAGUCCCCUGCACAACUGCCUGGUAGCUUCAGAAGAGGGCAUUGCUCCUGUGCCCUGGACCAAGAUAGCCAGCCCAGAGUUUGUGGAAGACAAACCCCAAGCAGUGGCUGUCCCCUCCCCGGCCUGGGGUUCCCUUCAAUUAGAAGCACUCGAUUUGAGUGGCCCUAAAGAGCUACACCAGGCCAGGUCCUUAGGGAGCCAGGUGUUUCUUGGCCAGAGCUUGGCGGCUAAGGGCAGGGCCUAUGGGAUUAAGUACCCAGGACUCAUCAAGGUGGAGCAAGCCAGGCCAGGGGAGGUGGCCUUCAGCAUGGACGAUGUGGCCAGCCAGUGUGUAGAGGGAGAUUACGUGGCUCUCCUGGGCUUUUCCCAAGAGAGCAGAGGAAAGACUCUGAGUAGGGAGGUGGACACAUCCCACGGGCGCCCUGCUGGGGCACCGGAGGACCUAUCUGAAACUAAAGUUCCUUUCUCUCAAAGGACGCUGCCUCUCCCAGGGGCCAGUCAGGGACCUCAUUUGGAAAAGUGUGCUUGUGAAAAGCCAACAAGCGUGGAGAAGGAGACUUGCAUUUUGGAUAUGAGGAGAAAAGUCAACCAUAAAGCCCCCUCCCGCAACUCAGAACGCCAGCCCCCGGAGCCCUACCUCCAUGUCCUCGAGGACCCGCUACACUGUGCACCUGGCCUCAGGACGGAUGUCUCAGAAGAGACAGCUGCCUCCAAGACCCAGGCACUUCUGGGAAACCCCAAGAAGAUGGUCCAACUCAGGCCUGGACCCAAACAAACGUCCUCUCCCCGGCUGUGCCCAGCUUCUCCUCCUGCUGCUCCAGCCCUUGACACCAAGAUGGGAGAGAGGACCAAACAGGGAAACGGCAGGUUUCCCAAGCCCAUGAUUGGCCCGGGUCAAAACACCUCCUCUUCCAGAUCGCCCAGUCUUGGGCUCAAAUUCUCCUUCUUAAAGGGGCAGAGGCAAGCCCCCGUGCCCCUGGAGAAAGCCUCACUCCAGCAUGACAGGCCUUGGAAGAUCUUGUGUUCACUCUACUCUCCCAAACCCAACCGAGCCAAGUGCUUGGGGAAAGCUGGAACGACUCAGACCAAAACAUCUGGCCCAGCUGCUGACUCAGGCCCACUGACUGGAGAAGAGGCUGAUUUCCCAGAAGCUUCUACAGACCCUCCAGAAAGAGGCCCCGCUGUGGAUGAGGAGCCGCCAGGGCCGGAGCCCAGGAUCAGGGCUCUGAGUGUGGAGGUCCUCCACUCCGGGAUAGCAUGCCUGCCAGGUGGUCGGGACAGAGAGGGGCGGCCCCUGCUUCUGGUGCCGACCACCCAGGGGGCCUGGGAGGCACCGUGGUGCACAGCCUCGGAGGUCACCAAGCUGCUUUCCUACCUGUGCACAGUCCCCAGGCCAGAAGAUAAAACCAAGGGUCUGGCAGUGGUGAUUGAUGCCAGGAAGCAGCCUCUACACCCUGGUCUGGUCAGUGCCUUGAAGGCCACCCAGGCUCAGGACCCAGGCUCCAUCCAUACCAUACUCUUCCUGGGGGAGAAGGAGACCGCCCUUCUGCUGGAGACAUUACCUGACGUCCAGGUAGAGGUGCUGACCUCCUUAAAGGCCCUCGGCCACCACGUGGACCCCAGCCAGCUGCCCGCAGCCCUGGAAGGCUCCUUCCCCUACAGCCACAGCGAGUGGGUGCAAUUCUUCCAGAAGUCGGACCCUUUCCUUGCCGACCUCCGCCAGGCGUCCUCCCUGCUACAGGCGUCCAUCAAGGAGUUUGAGAAGGGUGACCCUCCUGGAGGGGCACAGGAGGCCUCCAGGUGUCUGAACAAGUCCAAGGAGCUGAUGGAGGCCGUGCUGAGGGACCCAGAUCUUCUGGGCCUCCAGCGGGAAGGUGGAGCCACCCUGGCCAGGCUGCAGCAGGAGGCCAGCAGGCUGGACUUCAACCCAGACGUCAGGAGCCAUCUGGCUGAAGCUGCUGCCCUCUAUAGCCUCAUGGACGAGCAGCUGCAUGUCCUGGUCACCACAUCGAAUCACCUCCUGGGGAGGCUAGAGCUCCGCAUCCGCAUGGGCCGCCUGGAAGCGGCCAUUCGCCAGAUCAGCAACUGGAUGGAGCAGGAAGGAAGCCGGUGUCUGCAAGCGCUGACCCCCAAGGACGGAAGCUUGGAGACCGUGGAGAAAGCUCACGUCAAAUUUGAGGACUUCUUCCUUCAGGCUGCAGCCCAGUACCGACAAGGCCUGGAACUGUCCAAGCAGGCGGCCCAGCUGGGAGCUGUUGCUGGAGGGGCCAUCGAGGCAGAAGGAACAGAGAUCCCGGAGCUGGCAGCCUUCGCCGCCACUCAGCGGACCUUCCAGGCUAAGCUGACCCACUUCUACAUGGCUGCCGAGCGGCAACGCACAGACCUGGAGACGCUGCUCCAGCUAUACCACUUCUGCAAGAAGAUGACCUGGUUCCACAUGGACUGUCAGGACCUGAUGACCCAGCUCCGGCUGGGCAAGGAUCGAAAGGCCAGCCACGGGGACCAGCGCCGCCUCCACCGCUACCUGCAGCGCCUGUCGUCCGAGUUCCCCGCUGAGAAGCUCAGGGCCAUGGGGCUGCAGGCGGCCUCCCUGGGCCAGGAGGGCCUGGGCCAGGACCUGUGGGCGGAGGCCCGGGUGAGGCACGGGGAAAUCCAGGCCCUCCUGAAGAAGGCAUUGGCCCACUGUCCGUGCCCACUGGGGCCCACUGCCCAGCUGGCACCCCUGGAACUACGAGGGACAGCUGCCGAGGGCCAGGGUGUGAACGGAGAAGUCACUGCUAAGGGAAGGCAGGGCCUGCCCUUCCAGGACUCCCUGGGCCUGGAUCGGUCACCAAAGUCCCGUUGGCCUCCUCGGGCCCCGAGACGGGGGCACCGAAACCUGCAGGCAGGCCCUCUGCCGCUGGACACUGGCCAGGCCCUGGCGGCCGAUGAGGGCACGGGCCCGCGCGAGCCCCCCGAUGCCGCCCCCGAGCGCUUUCUCUCCACCUUCUCCUGGCAGCCUUUUCCCAGGCAGAGUCAGACCCCUCACCCCGCCGGGGGCAGCUCCUCCUCCGAGGGCACAGACUCACGGACGUCUCUGGAGGACUCACCCCAGACAAGCCCCCCUGCCUCCCUCUAG